AUGAAAAAAAAUAAAAUUGAAAAAAUUAUCCAAAGUGUUCAAGAAACUCCCCUUUUCCGGCAAGCUUUUACCCAUAGUUCUUUUAUUAACGAAAACAAAGAAGAAAAAAUCGCCGAUUACGAAACUUUGGAAUUUUUGGGCGACAGCAUUUUGGAUAUGUAUGUUUGCCUCUAUAUUUACCGGAAUUAUCCUCAUUAUUCAGAAGGAGAAAUGAGUAAAUUAAAACAGUUUAUGGUACAACAAAAAACCUUAGCAGAGUUAAGCCAAGAAACUAAACUUUUUCAAUUUUUAAAACUAGGAGCAGGAGAAGAAAAGAGCAAAGGUAAGGAAAAAACAAAUAUUUUAGCCGAUAUUUUUGAAUCUUUCGUGGCGGCUUUAUAUUUAGAAAAAGGAGCCAAAAUUGUCGAAAGAAAUCAAGCUGAAAGCCAGGAGUUCAUUGUUGAAGUUCGGGACAGUUUAGGCAAAAUUCGAGCCCAAGGACAAGGAAAAAGCAAAAAAUCGGCUGAACAAGAGGCUGCUCGCCAGGCUUUGGAAAAAAUCGGCAAUUUAAAAAGUUAA